AUGCAGGGGUACCUGCCGCAGUCCAUGGCCACCAUGGAGAGCCUUGCAACCUUGGAGGGCUACCUCCCCCAGUCCAUGGCCACCAUGGCAAGCCUUGCCACAUUCGACUACGACCUCAACCUGUGGUCGUGCCCCGCACGCGGCUCAUGCACCGUCACACCCAUCAACACAACCGUCCUCUGCACCGACUGCUCUGUAUUCUGCAUCUCGUGCUCCACUGCAGCAGCACCCCCUCCAGUGGAACCUCCUAUCCCACCGCCUGUAGUCGACUCCCCACCUCCGCCGCUCCCCUCCCCUCCCCCUCCAUCCGCCCCACCUCCUGCCCCGCCCCCUGCCGAACCUCCCACGUAUCCUCCCCCUCCUCCUCCCUCCUCUCCUCCUCCGCCUCCCCCUUCCCCUCCCCCCAAGCCUAAACCCUCCCCCCCCCCUAAGCCCCAACUCUCCCCUCCCCCAAAGCCUAAACUCUCUCCCCCCCCUAAGCCCAAACUCUCCCCUCCCCCCUCUUCUCCUCCCCCUUCUCUUCCCUCCCCACCUCCUCCCCGUGCCAUCAUUCCCACUCUUCCCCCUAGCACUGCACCUUCCCCCAGUCCCGCCCCUUCCCCCACCACUGACGCACCCCCCCUCUCCCCCCCCUCUCUUAGCCCUUCCCUUCCCCCUUCCGCCGCCCCCCCUUCCCCUUCCACCCCCUCCCCACCCUCUGGAAGUGGAGGAUUUUCUCCCCCUUUCUCCCAAGGGGGGAACGCUCCCCCCUCUCCUUCCCCCCAAUCUCCCCCGCCCCCUGCUUCAGGGGAAGGGGGAGGGGUGUCGAUGGGGGUGGUGGUGAAUGAGAUGGCCACGAAGCACCACCCCAACCUCGUGCGGCUGCUGGGAUACUGCAUUGACGUGGACGUGGCAGCAGAACGCACGGAGCAGAUUGUCAUCUACGAGUUUAUGGAGAAUGGGGACCUUGAGCAAUGGAUUGGACCAGGUGUGCCUACUCCUCUGACACUGCGGCAGCGUUUUGACGUGCUCAUCGGGGUGGCUCAGGGCCUGCAGUACCUCCACAGCUUCCACAUUGUUCACCGCGACAUCAAACCCGCCAACAUUUUGCUCGACAAAAAGAUGCAGGCUAAGGUGGCUGAUUUUGGUCUGAAGGCCACCCCUAUGGCUGAUGUGCACAGUUUUGGAGUGGUGAUGCUGACAAUGAUUACGGCCCGGAAAGCUCUAGAGUGCUUGAACGAAGGUCAAAUCAAUCUCAAGCAAUGGGUGCAACCCCUGGUUGCCGAGAACAACGCCCAGGCAAUCAAGGACCCGCGUCUGGACGCUCCAAACGACCUCAUCCUCAAGCUCACACGCUUCGCCCUCUCCUGCACCGCCACGCCCGUGGCCACCCGCCCCUCCAUGGCGCGCAUUCUCUCCGACCUCAUCGCCAUGAAGGAGGAGUUCCUAGGCCCGGACCCCGACCCCCUGGUGGUACGGAUUGACAGCGAUUUGGAGAACCGCCGCGGGCCGAGCUUUUCAAGGGAGAUUCGGAGGGCGGAGGAGGUGGCUUCAUGGGGUGGAGGGGCUUCGGAGUCGAGCGGUGCUAUGGUGUCGAGUGGGGUGGUGGAGAGUGGGGCUAUGGGAUCAUCAACCAGCUUUGAUGUCUGA